CCUCCGAACGAUCAGCAAGUGUUUCUUCAAAGAAGUUGCGCAGAGUGAGGAUAAUGGCUGUGUUUAUUUAUACUACGCUGGCGCUGCUUGCUUCAGUUACUGCUGCUCCUCAAAAUGUAUAUCAAGGAAAUCCACAGGACCAGUUACAACAUUUCAACUUGCUCAACUAUUAUUUGGACGGACAACCAACAUCAAAUUUUUAUAAUCAAGCUCCAGAGAGGGCAGCAAAUUCCAAAUCGGAUGAGUCGGCGAGCAGAUUGGAGACAUUGGAGCCAGAUAGUGAGGUGGAGCUGAUACCUGGUGCACAGCCACCACAGCAGCCACCGCAGCAGGUACCCGUUUCUCCCAAUUUGCCGGGUCUGCAACCAGGAUCAAAUCUGCCUGGUUUACAGCCAGGUACAAGUCUUCCCGGUCUUCAGCCUGGGCAGAGAGUCUUCAUUGUUCAGAUGCCUAUUCCAGGUUACAGACCAGGCACUAUCGGAGGGUACCAGCCAGUCUACAUAGUUGCAGCAGCGCCUUUAGGAAAUACAGCCUACCCUGGACAAGGUGUCGUCAACCCCGCGUACGCCACACCAGGAGCGAUGCAGCCAAAUAUUCCUCUUGGCGUUCAGUUUCUUAACAAUCCAGUGCAACCUUACAAUUAUGUGUACCAAGAGCCAAUUGCAUAUCAACCUAUCGCCCAAACUGGAGGUGCAACACGAUUGAACCAGUUAACAGCCGUUCAACAAAAUGAAAAUUCAAAAGAAAAUAUCAGAAGUCCUGAAGGAAAGUUAGCAAAACAAGUACAAAUUGAUACCAAACACGCCAAUGGGGACAGAGAAUCUAUUCCAUCUCACCUAAAAAGCAGAAUUAAUCCCUAGUUUAAAAUCUAUACGGGAUAUCGACCGACGUACUAAAUCCAUAUUUAUUUGAAUCUUUAUUUGACCAGAACAUAAUAUUAUGUAUGUGAUCACGAUACUCUCUUCGAAUAAAUAAGUUUAAUUCAUGAUUACAUUUAUUUUUGCGAGAACUCAUUUUUAACUAAUUUUGAACCUUAUGAAUGCAAUCUAAUAUAAACUUAAUUGACUGACAGGGUUUGCAAUGUGCAUAAAUACUAAAGGUUAAAAUCGAAUAUAUUAUUUAUAUUUAUAUAACUCAUCCGAAUCUUGUAUAAAAACAUUUGUAACAAUUUUAUCGUUGUGUUUUUCUUUAAAAAAAAUACUUAAUUUUAUUAAUAGGAGACAAACAGUAAUAGAAAAAAAAAUACAUUUGUGAAUCAAUUUUAUGGCAUUGAAACGUUAUCUAAUAAAAACUUUAAUAUUUUA